AGUACCUCUACUUCCACAUCUACCUCCACUAGCACCUCUACUUCCACAUCUAGCUCCACCAGUACCUCUACUUCCACAUCUACCUCCACUAGCACCUCUACUUCCACAUCUACCUCCACUAGCACCUCUACUUCCACAUCUAGCUCCACUAGCACCUCUACUUCCACAUCUACCUCCACUAGCACCUCUACUUCCACAUCUACCUCUACCUCCACUAGCACCUCUACUUCCACAUCUACCUCCACCAGUACCUCUACUUCCACAUCUACCUCCACUAGCACCUCUACUUCCACAUCUACCUCCACUAGCACCUCUACUUCCACAUCUAGCUCCACUAGCACCUCUACUUCCACAUCUACCUCCACUAGCACCUCUACUUCCACAUCUACCUCUACCUCCACUAGCACCUCUACUUCCACAUCUACUUCCACUAGCACCUCUACUUCCACAUCUACCUCCACUAGCACCUCUACUUCCACAUCUACCUCCACCAGUACCUCUACUUCCACAUCUACCUCUACCUCCACCAGUACCUCUACUUCCACAUCUACCUCUACCUCCACCAGUACCUCUACUUCCACAUCUACCUCUACCUCCACCAGUACCUCUACUUCCACAUCUACUUCUACUUCCACAUCUACCUCUACUUCCACAUCUAGCUCCACCAGUACCUCUACUUCCACAUCUACCUCCACCAGUACCUCUACUUCCACAUCUACCUCCACUAGCACCUCUACUUCCACAUCUAGCUCCACCAGUACCUCUACUUCCACAUCUACCUCCACUAGCACCUCUACUUCCACAUCUAGCUCCACUAGCACCUCUACUUCCACAUCUACCUCCACUAGCACCUCUACUUCCACAUCUACCUCUACCUCCACUAGCACCUCUACUUCCACAUCUACCUCCACUAGCACCUCUACUUCCACAUCUACCUCCACUAGCACCUCUACUUCCACAUCUACCUCCACUAGCACCUCUACUUCCACAUCUACCUCCACUAGUACCUCUACUUCCACAUCUACCUCCACUAGCACCUCUACUUCCACAUCUACCUCCACUACCACCUCUACUUCCACAUCUACCUCCACUAGCACCUCUACUUCCACAUCUACCUCUACUUCCACAUCUACCUCCACUAGUACCUCUACUUCCACAUCUACUUCCACUAGUACCUCUACUUCCACAUCUACCUCCACUAGCACCUCUACUUCCACAUCUACCUCCACUACCACCUCUACUUCCACUAGUACCUCUACUUCCACAUCUACCUCCACUACCACCUCUACUUCCACAUCUACCUCCACUACCACCUCUACUUCCACAUCUACCUCUACUUCCACAUCUACCUCCACUAGUACCUCUACUUCCACAUCUACCUCCACUACCACCUCUACUUCCACAUCUACCUCUACUUCCACAUCUACCUCCACUAGCACCUCUACUUCCACAUCCACCACCACUACCACCUCUACUUCCACAUCUACCUCUACUUCCACAUCUACCUCCACUAGUACCUCUACUUCCACAUCUACCUCCACUACCACCUCUACUUCCACAUCUACCUCCACUAGCACCUCUACUUCCACAUCUACCUCCACUAGUACCUCUACUUCCACAUCUACCUCCACUAGUACCUCUACUUCCACAUCUACCUCUACUUCCACAUCUACCUCCACUAGCACCUCUACUUCCACAUCUACCUCCACUAGUACCUCUACUUCCACAUCUACCUCUACUUCCACAUCUACCUCCACUAGUACCUCUACUUCCACAUCUACCUCCACUAGCACCUCUACUUCCACAUCUACCUCCACUAGCACCUCUACUUCCACAUCUACCUCCACUAGCACCUCUACUUCAACAUCUACCUCCACUAGUACCUCUACUUCCACAUCUACCUCCACCAGUACCUCUACUUCCACAUCUACCUCUACCUCCACUAGCACCUCUACUUCCACAUCUACCUCCACUAGCACCUCUACUUCCACAUCUACCUCCACUAGCACCUCUACUUCCACAUCUACCUCCACUACCACCUCUACUUCCACAUCUACCUCUACUUCCACAUCUACCUCCACUACCACCUCUACUUCCACAUCUACCUCCACUACCACCUCUACUUCCACAUCUACCUCCACUAGUACCUCUACUUCCACAUCUACUUCCACUAGUACCUCUACUUCCACAUCUACCUCCACUACCACCUCUACUUCCACAUCUACCUCCACCAGUACCUCUACUUCCACAUCUACCUCCACCAGUACCUCUACUUCCACAUCUACCUCCACCACAUCUACCUCCACUACCACCUCUACUUCCACAUCUACCUCCACUAGUACCUCUACUUCCACAUCUACUUCCACUAGUACCUCUACUUCCACAUCUACUUCCACUAGUACCUCUACUUCCACAUCUACUUCCACUACCACCUCUACUUCCACAUCUACCUCCACCAGUACCUCUACUUCCACAUCUACCUCCACUAGUACCUCUACUUCCACAUCUACCACCACUAGCACCUCUACUUCCACAUCUACCUCCACUAGUACCUCUACUUCCACAUCUACUACCACUAGCACCUCUACUUCCACAUCUACCUCCACCAGUACCUCUACUUCCACAUCUACAUCCACCAGUACCUCUACUUCCACAUCUACCUCCACCAGUACCUCUACUUCCACAUCUACAUCCACCAGUACCUCUACUUCCACAUCUACCUCCACCAGCACUUCUACUUCCACAUCUACCUCCACUAGCACCUCUACUUCCACAUCUACCUCCACCAGCACUUCUACUUCCACAUCUACCUCCACUAGCACCUCUACUUCCACAUCUACCUCCACUAGUACCUCUACUUCCACAUCUACUUCCACAUCUACCUCUACCUCCACUAGCAGCUCUACUUCCACAUCUACUUCCACUACCACCUCUACUUCCACAUCUACUACCACUAGCACCUCUACUUCCACAUCUACCUCCACCAGUACCUCUACUUCCACAUCUACAUCCACCAGUACCUCUACUUCCACAUCUACCUCCACUAGCACCUCUACUUCCACAUCUACCUCCACCAGUACCUCUACUUCCACAUCUACCACCACUACCACCUCUACUUCCACAUCUACCACCACUAGCACCUCUACUUCCACAUCUACCACCACUACCACCUCUACUUCCACAUCUACCUCCACCAGCACUUCUACUUCCACAUCAACCUCCACUAGCACCUCUACUUCCACAUCUACCACCACUACCACCUCUACUUCCACAUCUACCUCCACCAGCACUUCUACUUCCACAUCAACCUCCACUAGCACCUCUACUUCCACAUCUACCACCACUAGCACCUCUACUUCCACAUCUACCUCCACUAGCACCUCUACUUCCACAUCUACCUCCACUAGUACCUCUACUUCCACAUCUACCUCCACUAGUACCUCUACUUCCACAUCUACCUCCACUAGCACCUCUACUUCCACAUCUACCACCACUAGCACCUCUACUUCCACAUCUACCUCCACCAGUACCUCUACUUCCACAUCUACCUCCACUAGUACCUCUACUUCCACAUCUACCUCCACUAGUACCUCUACUUCCACAUCUACCUCUACUUCCACAUCUACCUCCACUAGUACCUCUACCUCCACUAGUACCUCUACUUCCACAUCUACCUCCACUAGUACCUCUACUUCCACAUCUACCUCCACUACCACCUCUACUUCCACAUCUACCUCCACUAGUACCUCUACUUCCACAUCUACCUCCACUAGUACCUCUACUUCCACAUCUACCUCCACUACCACCUCUACUUCCACAUCUACCUCCACUAGUACCUCUACUUCCACAUCUACCUCCACUAGCACCUCUACUUCCACAUCUACCUCCACCAGCACCUCUACUUCCACAUCUACCUCCACUAGCACGUCUACGUCCACAUCUACCUCUACUAGCACCUCUACUUCCACAUCUACCUCUACAUCUACCUCCACUAGCACCUCUACUUCCACAACUUCCACAUCCACCUCCACUACCACCUCUACUUCCACAUCCACCUCCACUAGCACCUCUACUUCCACAUCUACCUCCACCAGUACCUCUACUUCCACAUCUACUUCCACUACCACCUCUACUUCCACAUCUACCUCCACUGCCACCUCUACUUCCACAUCUACCUCUACCUCCACUAGCACCUCUACUUCCACAUCUACCUCCACCAGUACCUCUACUUCCACAUCUACCUCUACCUCCACUAGCACCUCUACUUCCACAUCUACCUCCACCAGUACCUCUACUUCCACAUCUACCUCUACCUCCACUAGCACCUCUACUUCCACAUCUACUACCACUCCCACCUCCACUUCCACAUCUACCUCCACUCCCACCUCUACUUCCACAUCUACCUCCACUAGCACCUCUACUUCCACAUCUACCUCCACCAGUACCUCUACUUCCACAUCUACCUCUACCUCCACCAGUACCUCUACUUCCACAUCUACUACCACUAGCACCUCUACUUCCACAUCUACCUCCACCAGCACCUCUACUUCCACAUCUACCUCCACCAGUACCUCUACUUCCACAUCUACUACCACUAGUACCUCUACUUCCACAUCUACUACCACUAGUACCUCUACUUCCACAUCUACCUCUACCUCCACUAGCACCUCUACUUCCACAUCUACCUCUACCUCCACUAGCACCUCUACUUCCACAUCUACCUCCACUAGCACCUCUACUUCCACAUCUACCUCCACUACCACCUCUACUUCCACAUCUACUUCCACUAGUACCUCUACUUCCACAUCUACCUCCACUGCCACCUCUACUUCCACAUCUACCUCCACUGCCACCUCUACUUCCACAUCUACCUCCACUACCACCUCUACUUCCACAUCUACCUCUACUUCCACAUCUACCUCCACUAGCACCUCUACUUCCACAUCUACCUCCACUGCCACCUCUACUUCCACAUCUACCUCCACUACCACCUCUACUUCCACAUCUACCUCUACUUCCACAUCUACCUCCACUAGCACCUCUACUUCCACAUCUACCUCCACUACCACCUCUACUUCCACAUCUACCUCUACUUCCACAUCUACCUCCACUAGCACCUCUACUUCCACAUCUACCUCCACUAUCACCUCUACUUCCACAUCUACCUCCACUACCACCUCUACUUCCACAUCUACCUCCACUACCACCUCUACUUCCACAACGCCCUCCCCCGGUGACUGUACAAUUAGUACAUCAGCUGAUGCCGUUUCCUUCCAAUCCCCUAAUUACCCAAGUGAUUAUCCAAAUAACAAAGUCUGUACUCUUCCACCGACAUACAUGACCAGCCCAGGCAGCGGGACGCUGACGGUGGCAGCCUUCGACCUUGAAGCUGGCGACGAAGUGGUUAUACAGAACCCAUACACACCCCCUUUGCAGUUAGUCGACUAUACCUCUUCUUUCUCAUAG